GUAGUAAUGGAAAGUCAAAGGUUUUGAAUGGUGCUGGCAGUAUAACUAUCUCUGAUUUUGUGUCGGUGCGUACAGCAAUCUCUCAAGGAAUGUCAUCCAUUGCGUGUGUUAAUGUUGAACGAAUUCUCUCAUUACUGAACAAAAAAACGACUGAAAUUUACAAAGUGCUAGAUAAACAGCCUGUAUAUGCAGUGGGACCUGAUAUUCAACAAGGUUAUUCACCAUGCAUUGCAUGCUGGGUUACCAAGCCCCUGGAUAUAUCAAUAAUGCAACAACUAUCGGCAUUGUUUGAUAAUGAAUUUGAAAUCAUAAACCAUGUUAAUAGAAAUGGUUCAGAAGAUAUAAUCUAUUCAAACAAUAAUAAAAAUCAAAAUGAAAAUAGCGGGGAUGGAAAUAAUGGAGACGGAAAUUAUGGAAAUGAAAAUGAUUAUGAAAAUUAUGGAGAUGGAAAUGAUGAAGAUGGUGAAAAUAGUGGCGAAAAUAGAAAUAAUAAUGAUGAAAAUGAAGAUGGGGAAGAUAGUGGUGAAGAUGAAGAAGAUAAUGGAGGAGAUGAUUAUGAAGAUGGAGGUGGCAAUAAAAAUAAUAGUCCGUAUAUUCGAGUCUCAUCCGAAGCGCAUGCUAAACUUAAAAAUGAGUUUCAAAGUUUCAACAUCGACACAUAUCUGUGGGCAAAUAUUAACACUGACAAACAUAAGCUUGAUGUUCUGGAAUUUAGUAUUAACUUAUUCAAUUGUGGGGUGGGUGAAAUGCUUAACGAAAUUUGUCAAUUGUCUCAUGGUUUUAUCGGCUACUAUAUUGAUUUCAUCGAAAUUAGGGUUUCUCCACUUCCUUUCAUGUCAGGUGUUUACCAACUUUUUAGGUUAAAAGAAGCAUAUAGUCCACAAAAUCUUAACCAGGAAAAUAUAGAACUUUCAGCAGGUCGUGAAAAAAAUUCGGGUAUCCAGAUAACGCUUGGAGCACAGCAAUCAAGUAUUACAGCCAGCCGUAAUAAUGUAAUUAAUCGUAGUGCAAAGAGAACAACAAGUAAAUGGAACAUGGAUAUGACAAACUGCAGGACAAAAGGAGUAAAAUGGUCAUAUUCGUAUACUGCUAAUGAUCUUAAUGAUGCUAGUGUACAUAGAAAAACUGUGAAUUUACAGCUUCAUUCUGGUUGUUGGUAUACAACAUCGAAGAUGAAAGGGUUUUGUAUCACUAUAGUUCAAGUACUGCGUUGCGAACUUAAACCCAAGCCUAACUUUUUUAGCUUUAAAUCUAAACCUGAGAUAAUUAAGAAAUGCCCUCAAAUAGUCCAUACACUCGAAGUUUCUUUCAAUGAUAUAACUAACUUCAAUGAGAGGUUCGCAAAACUAACAAAAAAUUUAUAUAUGGACCAUGAAGAAAUUACUGUCAUUUUAGAUGAGAAUAGAUUGCCCUCAAAAAAUAUUCAAAAUGAAGACAGUAUGAACAUUAACCGUACAUUAUUUCCACCGAAAAAUUAG